AUGCGGACAUUAAGCCGAGCUCCGGAGCCAGCCGCCGGAGCUAGCGGAGACACGCUCCAAAGCAAGCCGCUUCGGACCCGGACAGGGCCGGGUCUGUGUAAUGGAAAUCCAGGAGACCUGAUCGAGAUCUUCUGUUGGGGCUAUAAGCACUGGGCCGUCUACAUCGGAGAGAAUGAAGUGGUUCAUUUAGAUACAGAUGGUGGUCAGUCAUCUGGCCCGUUGGCAAAUUCAAGCAGCAGCAUCGGAAAUGUGAAGCGUGAGAAGCUCACAGAUAUGGUCGGCAAACACCAUCAACACAUCAACAAUCUGCUGGAUGACAAGUACAACGCUCGUGAUCCUUCCAUCGUAGUGAAGGAGGCCUGUGCGAUGGUGGGCCGCGAGCUACAGUACAACGUUGUCACUUACAACUGUGAGCACUUUGCUACCGAGAUGCGAUACGGCAAGGCAGAGUCUCGACAGGUGUGUAUGUAA